UACACACAGUCCGAGGACCCGACGCAUCAACACGAGAUUGUAGACAGAACAAUUUAUUUUCAUAUGUGUUGAUCAUUUUUUGCAAGGGGCAACCUUUUAACGCUAGACACCGAGUGUGUGUUUGAUGUUAUAUAAACCUACCACUGCAUAAGCCAAUACUUUUCCCCUUUGACCGCAGUGUAGACUGCAGAGAUGAAGUCCAAGAAGAAGAAGAGACAGGAUGACUUCCAGAAAGUUAAGUUAAAGGUGGGAAAGACGAAGCCCAAAGCUGAUAAUGCCACCAACACCAACUUCCGCUCAAAGGGAAUCCAUCUAACUGAACAGCUAAAGAGAGACACGAGUGGCCCAACCACACACAGACAGCUUGGUUUAAAUGACCUCAUGUCACAACUCCACCAUUACAGUGCCAAUAUCAAACAUAGUGCCUUGCUGGGUCUGAAAGAGUUGCUGUCCCUUAAUCCAUCUCUGUUAGAGCAGCAACUCUCUCGCCUGGUUUCUGAAGUUGCAGCUGUUUUCACAGACAAGGAUGGCAAUGUUCGUUUGGCAGCUACACGUGUGCUCAGGUUCAUUGCACAGUCUGUGCCUGCAGAACGAGUGGCUCCUUUUUCCCCCGUCCUCAGUGCCCAUCUCUCUUGUGCGAUGACCCACAUCGAGAUAAGCAUCCAGGAGGACGCCAUGAAGAUCCUUGAUGUGUUGCUGGAACACUACCCUGCUCUGCUAGCAGCAAGGCCUGCCGUUCUCCUCACUAACUUCCUCGAGUUGAUCUCUCACAGACAAGGCAGUGGAGGUUCCAAAAAAGCCCAGGACCCUAAGGCGCGGAACUGGACACUGUCAGUCAACCCUAACAGGACUGUGACUAGUCAGCAGUGGCGGCUCACUGUGCUCCUUAGGCUUGGGCGCUUUCUGCAGGCAGUAGUUGAGGAAAGACCAGUGGAGGAAAGUGAUAUUUUUAGUCCAACUGAAGGAGUAUUUGGCUCCAGUGGAGAGGGCCGGCUAAUGCCUCUGAAUCUCAACUGGGAAGAGCUCACCUACAGCAAGGUCGGGGUGAAGGUGUAUGAGCACUCUGGUGCCAAACCAACUCCACGGUCCACCUUUAGACUCAGACCAGAGGUUGACACUGGACCCGCUGUGGGGGAGGAUUUGGACUCAGCUGAGGCUGUUCAGAGCUUUGCAGCCACACUGGUGCCUCUCCUGCUUGAGGUGUGGGUGGAAGCCAGCACCAGUGACUCUCCGUGGAACAACUCUGAGGGCGCUCACAUGCUCAGCCCUGAUGCCAUGUCAGUAAUGUUCCAGGUGUUAUCUAUCCUGCAGCUGCUGAGGAAACUGGCACCACAGCAGGAGCACCAGGAUGCAUUGGAUGCAUGGUUUUAUAAAGAAUACCUGGGAGAUUUUAAGCAGCACUUCAUGAAGAACUUUCCCUAUGAUGUUCGGGACACACCCAGACAUAGAAAGAAGGUGGAUCUCAAAAGGAGUAAGCAGACUGCAGUCGUCCCGGGGUUGACGGUGGAGCCUCUGGCCCUUAACAUCACACUUUGCCAAGUCAUGGUGUCCCUCAGCCAGAGACAAGGACUCGGGCGAGAGACAGACGGAGACUGGCUGACGCCUCUGAGGACGUUUGUCCGAGACACUCUGGGCAGCGGAGUGAAACUGAGCUACAGGCAGCUGCACAUGCUGCUGGGCACUGUGUGGAAGAUGGUGCUCACACAGAGGAGCAAAACAGUGACAGAUGACCUGUUGGCAGCAGUGUACGUUUACUAUAAGCAGAGGAACCUGACUCUACAGACCCGCUCUCUGCUGCUGUCUUUCUACAGCAAGCUCUACCUGCAAGAGCAAGGACACACACACAUAGCAAGGAGUAAGGUGCUGUGUCGUUGGUUGGCCUCUCUUCCUGUGCAGUUGUCCCAGCUGGGCCACCGUAACCCCGCUCUCUCUGAACGACUCAUCCUGUCCAUCCAGGCUGCCGCUUCUCGAAAACACAAAGACCUGCUCAAGAGUCUGCUCACAAACGCCUGCAAGCUCUACGACCCACAGGAAGGAGUUGUGGUGCUGUUACCAGCAGAGUCCCAGCAGCGGAUGGUGCAGCUCCUCUACUUUCUCCCCAAGAUGUCCCAGUCUCUUCUGGCCAAUCUGAGCUGCUGCUGCACCACCGGGCGAAUCUCUGCCGGCCUCGCUGCCUCUCUCAUUCGUAUUGUACACUUUAGAUCAUCCCUGAGUGGCUGGUCGGUUGGCAGCCAGGAAGCGGCUCUGGAGGACGUGAACUACAUCAGCUUCUUGUUCUCCACCCUGACGGGCUUCUCGACGGAGAAGCUUGCCGCCCUGCAGGAGGCUGACGACGAGAGCAUCCUGCCUCCCUCCCCUCUCUCACCCCUCAGCCUGUACACCACCCCGAUGGAGCAGUUCACACACCACUGGGAUGUUGUUGAGGAAGUCUGCCACUGUCUGGAAACUCUGGGUUCAAAGUCUCAGUGCUUUGACAUCGUACAAAAUGGCAUCUGCAAAUACCUGAUCAAGUUGGGGGUGGUGCCUGACAGUAUGGCGGCCGGGCUGCUCAGAGCUGUAUCCAGAUUACUGGACCUGUCCGUCCUCCCCAUUGAGCCCGUGCUGCGCUUCCUGUCUCAGUGCUGCCUCAGCCUGAUGGCUCUGCUCAUCUCCCUGGAGCAGGAGCUACCUGCCGAAACCAACCACAAACGGGAGGCAAUAUGGGGUGCUUGUGUGUCAGCGUUGAGCAGCGUUCCUCGCCUGCUGAGAAUGGUUCUGCAGUUGAUGCAUGUUGGAGAUCUGAGCGAGGAGGAGCUGCCACAGCUCGGACAGAUCCUGUCCAUGCUGCUGCAGCACACACCCAUCCACAACCAGCUGCUGGCUAACGCUGCCCUGCUGCAGGACAUCAUACAGCAGCUCACGAGGUAUUCCCGGGGUGCGACCAGGGAGCAGUGGCUGACCGACUUGCUCUACUGUUACAGUGUCACCGUGGCUCACGGCUCCUCCGCUCGCCGUGGAAGCCUGGGCCUUCGAGACAUGUACUGACCGACCAGCACCCGGUGUGUUGCUCAGUACACCCUCUCAAACAUCUUACAAUGACUCAAAAAUCUUACAAUGACUCAAAACACUCGCAGAGCACAAAUGUGACAAGUACAUACAACAAAACCUACAGUCAGAGAUACAGUGGAGUGACAUGUUUUUGUAUUUUGAGUGAAAAUGAAUACUCCACAUUCAACCUCUAUUUUUGUUUUCUGAGUGUGCUUCUUUGAUUGCUUCAUUCUUAGACUGGUAAUUGUUUGUCAUUCUUUGCCUCUUUGGAGUACUUUUGCCGGAUGUUAUCCAGGGCUUACUGGGGCACCUGGCCUCUUUUGAUACAAAAAAAAAGCUCUACUAAAAAGGGAGCAAAUAAAGGUAAAUCCAUUGGGCUACCUUCUGU